GAAUGUAUUACUUCCGUUAGUUCCUAACCUAUAUCAAUGGUUUCGUUAUCGUGCAUUUAAUAUUAUUAUUUAUUAGAAAAGAAAAAUAAGAAAGCACACACAUUUCUUAUACAUUUCUUAUCGUCCCUAAGAUUUUCAUAACCUUUCAAAAUGCCGACUAUAGCCGUCAAACGAGAUUUGUUAUUUAAAGCACUUGAAAAAACAUAUUCUGAAGAAGAAUUUCAAAAUUUAUGCUUUGAGUUUGGUUUGGAAUUAGAUGAUGUGACUACAGAAAAACAGAUGAUAGCAAAGGAACAAGGUUCCGAACAAAGUAUUGGUGCUUCGGAAGAAAUUAUUUAUAAAAUUGAUAUUCCAGCUAACAGAUAUGAUUUAUUAUCUUUAGAAGGUCUAGUUACUGGAUUAUCAGUAUUCUUAAAUAAGACUAGUGUACCAUGCUAUAAUUCAAUAAAACCAACUGUACCAGAAGAAAUUGUAAUGAAGGAAGAAUGUUUAAAAGUCAGAGAACAUAUAGUUGCUGCUGUAUUACGUGAUAUUACUUUUACAAAAGAUUCUUAUAACAGUUUCAUUGAUCUUCAAGACAAAUUACAUCAGAGUAUAGGACGAAAACGAAGUAUUGUAUCAAUUGGUACACAUGAUUUAGAUACUAUUAAAGGACCAUUUGUAUAUGAUGCAAAACCGCCAAGUGCUAUUCGUUUUAAACCUCUUAAUCAAACAAAAGAAUAUACUGGGGAAGAAAUAAUGGAAUUGUAUGCGCAUCAUGCACAAUUAAAACAGUAUUUACCAAUUAUAAAGGAUAGUCCUGUAUAUCCUAUAAUAUAUGAUAGUAAUGGUAUUGUUUUAUCAUUACCACCCAUAAUUAAUGGGGAUCAUACAAAAAUCACUCUCAAUACUAAAAAUGUACUUAUAGAAUGUACUGCAACUGAUCUUAAUAAGGCAAAGAUUACAGUAGAUACUAUAGUUUGUGCUUUCAGUGUAUACUGUGCAAAAAAAUAUACAACAGAAACUGUAAAAGUAAUAUAUCCAGAUAAUAAAAUCUUUUAUCAUCCAGAAUUGAGCUACCGUAUGGAAGAAAUAAAUAGCGAAAAUGCAAUGAAUUAUAUUGGGAUCAAAAAAACUCCAGAAGAAAUAGCAAAGCUAUUAUCUAAAAUGUCAUUGGAAGCAACAGUAAAAGAAAAAAAUAAUAUUAUUAUUAAAAUACCUCCAACGAGAAGAGAUGUUUUACAUCCAUGUGAUAUUUAUGAAGACGUAGCUAUUGCUCAUGGAUAUAAUAAUAUAGAUAAAAUAUUUCCAGAAAUAAAUACAAUUGCCAUUGAGUUUCCGCUCAAUAAAUUAUCUGAUCAAUUACGCGAAGAAUUGGCACGUGCGAGUUUUACCGAAACAUUGACGUUUUCGUUGUGUUCCAGGGAUGAUAUUUCAGAAAAAAUAAAUCAUAAAAUAGAGGAUAUACCAGCUGUUCAUAUAUCCAAUCCAAAAACCUUAGAAUUUCAGGUUGCACGUACGACUCUAUUACCAGGAUUAUUGAAAACAAUAGCCGGAAAUAAGAAGAUGCCAUUACCUUUGAAAUUAUUUGAGAUUUCUGAUAUUGUUUUACUUGAUCCUACAAUGGAUGUUGGUGCACGUAAUAAAAGGCAUUUAUGUGCAGUAUAUUAUAAUAAAACUGGAGGUUUUGAAAUAAUCCAUGGUUUACUUGAUAGAAUUAUGCAAGUACUUGAAGUAUCAUGGAGUACUAAUAAAACAGACACUGGAUAUUAUUUACGUGCAGCUGAUGAUCCAACUUUUUUUCCAAAAAGAUAUGCAGAAGUAAUAUAUAAUAACAAAGUAAUUGGCAAAAUGGGAAUUUUACAUCCGGAUGUACUUACAAAAUUUGAGUUAAAUUUACCAUGUUCUACAUUAGAAAUUGACAUUGAACCAUUUCUAUGAGAUAUCAAUAAUGUACACAAAUGGUAAAUAGCAAGAGAAAGAUAAAGAAAAAGAAAAUAUAAAAAUGAUAAAAUAAUUUGAAUACCUAAUAAUUAAUAAGAAUGUUUCGUAUUUUCACUGUGAUCCGCGAUAACUUUUACUAUGAAAAAUGUUUUUUCAAAAACUUUAAUAAAAACUAAUGAGACUCUA